AUGCAUUUUCCAAAAAUUUCAGACUUUGGCUUGGCUAGAACAUUAGUUGGAGGAGAUCAGACUGGUGGAACUACAAACAGAGUGGUUGGAACAUACGGUUACAUGGCACCUAAAUAUGCUAUCUAUGGGCUGUUUUCUGUCAAAUCUGAUGUCUUUAGCUUUGGUAUUUUGGUGUUGGAGGUCAUAAGUGGAAGGAAAAAUAAGGGAUUCUACCAUCCAAACCACAGUCAUAACCUUAUUGGACAUGCAUGGACAUUAUGGAAUCAAGGGAGGCCUUUAGAGCUGAUUGAUAUGCGUUUAGGAAGCUCAUAUACUCUAUCAGAAGUGUUACGUUGCAUCCAUGUUAGUCUUUUAUGCGUGCAACAUCAUCCUGAGGAUAGACCAACCAUGGCAUCUGUGCUUAUAAUGUUGGGAAGUGAGAUUCCCUUGGCUCAGCCCAAGCAACCUGGUUUCUUUAUAGAAACGGAAUCACUUGAAGCAGGCGUUUCUCCAGGUAAUCAAUCGUCAACAAACAAAAUAUCGAUUACACUUAUGGAGGCUUGUUAAGGGUCGAUUAAUUCUUGGUAUAUAGGUUCAUGCUGCUUGGCUCAAUUGUUGUGCAUACUUCCAAAACAAGUCACUUUGUUCAUAGAUCGGUGUCAGUUUUUGAACACUUAAAUUAAAGCAUGAAUAUGUGAAUUCUUUGUUUUA